AUGUUUUCUAACAUCUCUCUGGCCAACGUGAUCCGUCAGCUGAGCAGCCUGAGUAAAUAUGCGGAGGAUUUGUUCGGCGAGCUCUUUAAUGAAGCUCAUUCUUUCUCAUUUCGAGUGAAUUCGCUUCAGGAGAGAGUCGACCGCCUGUCAAUCAGCGUCACUCAACUCGACCCCAAAGAGGAGGAGUUGUCUCUUCAGGACAUCACCAUGAGGAAGGCCUUCCGCAGCUCCACCAUCCAGGACCAGCAGCUGUUUGAGCGUCAGUCUCUUCCCGUCCCCAUGCAGGAGACAUACGAGCUGUGCGAACAACCUCCGCCGCUGAACAUCCUCACACCCUACAGGGAUGAUGGGAAGGAAGGGCUGAAGUUCUACACCAACCCGUCGUACUUCUUCGAUCUGUGGAGAGAGAAGAUGCUGCAGGACACAGAAGACAAGAGGAAAGAGAGGCGGAAACAGAAGUUGCAGGAUCCCCACAUGUAUGAUCAGGUCUAUAAAUAUCUAGACCUUCCAGUGCAGCAGAAGAACAUGGACCGUCCUCACGAUCUGGAGAAGAUCCCGCGAGCGCCUCACGACCGCAGGAAGGAUUGGCAGAAGAUGGCUCUGGGAGCGGAGCUCGCCGAAGACGAGGACAAACACAGAGACGCCAACGGAUCGGCAGCCUACCACGAGCACAGGCAGAUGUACAUUGAUAAUCUGGACGGGCCGUUCUCUCUGGCCGCGCUGCCGUAUUCUCAGAUGAACGAACUCCUGAACCGUACGGGAGAGAGAAACUACGGCCGCCCGCAUGAGCCACCACCACCACCACCAACCUACCCCCCCGACACCAAACCAGCCUCCGUUAUCAGCUCCAGCUCAGGUUUCUCGGACAGCAUCAUGCAUUCUCCGGCUCGCACGCCUGUCUUCCUCAACUCCAAUGCCCCGCCCCCGGCACCUCCCCCUUUACCACCGCCCCCUCCCCCUCUGCCAGCCAGCCUAUCAGGUUCAAGAAUCCUUCACUCCUCCCCCGCCCGCGGACAGCUGGGCAAGACUCCGCCCACAGCCGGAGAUGGAAUGGUUUUGCCGCCGCCUCCCCCUCCUCCUCCUCUGCCCCUCCCAGGAAACAGAAGCUCCUCCCCCUGCUCAUCCUCAGGCCCGCCCACCAUGCCUUCCUUCCCAUCAGGAGCCGUUUCGUCGCCGCCCACUCACUCGGGUCACGAGGUCAAGAGGUAUCCAUCCAACCUUCCACCAAUCAGCAACGCCCGCAGCGUUCUAUUGGAGGCCAUCCGUAAAGGGAUCCAGCUGAGGAAGGUGGAGGAGCAGCGGGAACAAGAGGCCAAACACGAGCGCGUGGGGAACGACGUGGCCACAAUCCUGUCGCGCCGCAUCGCGGUGGAGUACAGCGACUCCGAAGACGAGGACGAGUUCGACGAGGUCGACUGGAUGGAAUGAGAGAAAGACGAACGUCACGGGAUCAAGAGUUUCAUGAAAUCUCAGCUAACCUUCUUCCCAAUAACAGUUUUCCCACAAACACUCUCCGAUCAGUCGCAGUCUAAUUCAGGAAACAUCAGGACUGCAGACGACUGUAUUCCAUGUUCCCAGAAUGCUUUGCUUUAAUGUUUUUUAACCACUUGUUGUGCAAUUGAUGAAUGAAAAUAACCAUGUUGGGGUUUUUUUAUCUGUCAGAUUUCUUUCAUUUGAAUUCGUCCGUCUUUUAUUCUUAAUAGGAACAACAAAAGCGGUUGGUUUGUUGUUAUAGUUCAGCGCGAGAGACGACAGCGGCCUCUUCUGGUCACGACAGGAACGUCUCAAUGUGUCAGAAUGUGACGGAUGAUUAUUAUACUUUCUAUAUCAUCUAAACCGUUCUUCCAUUUCAGAGAUGUGAUGUUUGAUGUCAUUUUGUGCUUGUGAUGGACAAAGUCAAAGGAAAAAAAUGAAGGAACGUUUUUAUUAACUUGUCAAGACGACUUAAAAUACACGAGUGAAUCUCUUGUCCAGGUUAUAUUUCACCUCACAAUGAAAAAUGUAAAAAAUUUAAUAAAAAAUGUUAA